AUGAUGGAUUUUGAUGAGCGUGUUCCUUGUUCCUCUAACAUGUAUUUGCCAAGUUGUACUUACUACGUCUCGGGUCCUGAUUUUUCCAGCCUCCCUUCUUUUUUGCCCCAGACCCCGUCUUCUCGCCCUAUGACAUACUCCUACUCCUCCAACCUACCCCAGGUCCAACCUGUGAGAGAAGUUACCUUCAGGGAAUAUGCCAUUGAUCCCUCCAGUAAAUGGCACCCCAGGAACAAUCUGCCCCACUGCUACUCCGCAGAGGAGAUCAUGCACAGAGACUGCCUGCCUGCCACCAACACUGCUAGCAUGGGCGAGAUGUUCGGCAAAAACACAGCUAACGUCUACCACCCCAGCACCAACGUCUCCUCCAAUUUCUAUAGCACGGUGGGCAGGAACGGGGUCCUACCCCAGGCUUUCGACCAGUUUUUCGAGACGGCUUAUGGCACGGCGGAAAACCUGGCCUCGGCGGACUACCCGGUAGACAAGAGUGGCGACAAGGCGCCCGCGGCCGCCGGGGCGGCGGCGGCGGCAACUUCAAGUUCGGAGGGCGGCUGCGGCAGGGCGGCGGCGGCGGCGGCGGCGGCGGAGAAGGAGAGGAGGCGGCGGCCGGAGAGCAGCAGCAGCCCCGAGUCAUCUUCCGGCAACAAUGAGGAGAAAUCCGGCAGCUCCAGUGGACAACGUACCCGUAAAAAGAGAUGCCCAUACACCAAAUAUCAGAUUAGGGAGUUAGAAAGGGAAUUCUUUUUCAGUGUCUACAUAAACAAAGAAAAACGCCUCCAGCUCUCCCGAAUGCUCAAUCUGACCGACCGCCAAGUGAAAAUAUGGUUUCAGAACAGAAGAAUGAAAGAAAAAAAAAUUAACAGGGACCGAUUACAAUAUUACUCAGCUAAUCCACUACUUUAAAACUCAUAGCGUUUUUCAAGACGAGAUUAAAUUCAGAUUUCGCCCUUGACAAGGUCAAGCCACGGGGUUAUGUGGAGGAAAGAGGUGUGUAU